UCGAUUUGGUUUUUCCGACGCCAGGCCACAAUUCUUCGACCCACUGCUUUCGCUCGCUCGAUCUGCAUCGUGUCCCUAAUUGUCGACCGGCCUGUACGGAUUAUCCCCGCUCUCUACUCAUAUAAACUUGAUAAAUUUUAUAUCGUUAGAUUAAAAAUAUGUCAGUCAUUCAAUCUACUUCUAUUAAUAACUCACGUGUUACGUUCGAUUUACUACGUAGCAUUGAAAGUAACGACGUAUUUGGAUUUAUCGAUGGAUUAACGCUCGCCAACGAGGCAAGCGAGCACUCGUCCGACGACGAGCCACUAAUUUUCCAAAUUCUAAAUAGCCCCGUAAAGUACAGACCGUGUACAUAGCUGCCGAUCGUUUUUCAAGAGCACAGCUCGCAGCGAUUUAAUUACUUUGGAACCGCGAGACUCUGCGACGCUGGCUCGCCGGCGCAUUAGACUUGGUUAAUUAUUGACGGGGCAGCGCGCCGCGCUAAUGGUGCCAAAGAUAGCGCUUUAAUUUAAUUAUCGGGCCGCGCGCGCGUACGUGAAAUUCGGAACGUACACCCUUGCCCGCGCGAGUUCACCUUAUCGCGGACGCAGCAAAAUAAACAAAGCCGCGAUGGCGGCCCCGUUCGGCCGGUUCCGAGUGCCAAACAACUGCGCGCCUUGUUUUCCUCAUUGGUUCGACGAAGGGAGCUUUCUCGGGCGCGAACCGCUGGCUCGCGACCGGUUGACUCGCCUCCUCGACAGCGCGCCCGAAAAAUCGGCGCGGGGGAGAGAGACGCGUCGCGGCGGCGCCGGGUCAUCGUCUCGUCGUCCGCCCCGCUGAACGUGCACGCGUGCCGAUCACGUGGGCAAUUUGGCGGCGCGGCGCCCAGCUCACGUCCCCGGCACGCGGCGCCUCGUGAUUCACCGCGCAUCCCCGAGCCACGACUUAAUUGAUCGUCGACCGCGCGCGAGUUCGCUCGUGCGUGCGGUGCGGAGCUUCCCAACUGAUAAUUCCGCGCGCGCGCGCGCGACGACGAUGACGCUCCCGCUGACGCGGGUCACGCGCCGCGAGUGCACGGCUCGUUCGUCGCGCGAAAUUAUCAGUCGCGCGCUCCUCGGUAAUUUGGCUGAAAUUACGGUGAGCCGCAUCCACGUCCGCUUUGACAGUCAGCCGCGCUCGCGUAAAUAAUUCGUCGGCAAAAGGCGCGAAUAAUUGAUUUGCUCGCGGAGCCGAAGCUCGCAGUUGAGCUUGCGACGGAGAACAGGUAAGGCAGAGGACUACUCUUCUGCGCUCGGCUGAGACGAAUGAACAUUUUCGCGAUCGUUCUGAGCCUCGUAGUAUCGAAAGUCGUUGCGCGUCGGCUCGACGAUUUCGCGGUUGAUUAUUUUCUCUACAAGCGAGUAGCCAGUGUCGUCGUACUCAAUCUCGAAAUGGACCAGGAUAAUCUGUCGCUGAUGCAACGACUGAACUACGUUGGCAUCAUGACCUCCUCUGCCAAAAUAUACCGAGAUAUCAAUAUCCAUUCCUUGGCCAAUACCCAGUACCACAAGGUGGGUGUUUUCGUCGAUGGGCAGCGCGACGCAAACAGAACCUUGUAUUCGGCACUUUCCGAGUUACGAAAAGCAAACGUGACAGGCUGGCUGCAAUCGAAUGUUCGAUGAGCUACAUCAUUGGCUUGUGAUAACUGCCGCACAUGAUAAUUUGAGAAGCCUGAUCGAUGACAGUAACUUCGACUUAUCAACGGACUUUGUUCUGGCCGUAGCGGCUGACGGCUAUAAAAUGUACGACCUCUACAAUCCCAGCAAAGCCCAUGGCUUGAAAUUGAACGUCACUUUUAUGGGCACCUGGACGGAGGAACGCGGCCUGCGGAUUCUGUUGACGCAAAGCAAAUACGCCAGGAGAGCCAAUCUACAGGGAAUGAUUUGGAGGGUGGCUUACCUAACAGUGAGAAGUCGCUUUAGCAAGUACAAACCGAGCGGCGUGCUGCUGGAAAAUCAUUUGAAGGAUUUGGAAAAGACCGGCACCAAAGACAAUCUCGCGAAAUUCGGCUACAGCGUGGUGAGCCAUCUGGCCGAAAAGCACAAUGCUACGAUGGUUUUGCGACAAUACGGGCUGUGGAGGAAGGGCGACACGGUCGGGCCCCUCACGCGGGCGUUGCACUACGGCGAAGUCGACAUAACCGGCACCGUAAUCAGCGUCACCGGGGAGAAAAUCCACCUCGUGAAAUUCGUCUACAACGUGUGGCCGUUCAGAACGUGCUUCAUGCUCCGAAGCCCGCAGCCAAAUGUCAUAAAGAUGCGCCAGAUUUUCGGGCAGUUCGACUCGAGUGUCUGGCGCACGAGCGCGCUCGUCGCGUUGCUCUCCUUCCUCGGUCUGGCGCUGACUUUUCAUCUGAGAAGCGCCAAGUCAAGUUUCGCGCACUGCUCCGACUCGGGAUUGAUCCUCGUGGGCUGCAUUUGUCUGCAAUGCACUCAGCUCGAUCUCAACAACCUCUCCACUCGGGUGGCUUUCCUGAGCACGAUGCUGUUUAGCUCGCUCAUGUACAAUUACUACUCGGCGAGCGUGGUAUGCGCUCGAUUGAGCGACACCAUUGUAAAGAUGCCCGAUUCGCUGCUCAGCUUGGCGCAAUCCAAAUUGACCGUUGCCAGCGAGCCGAUGAUCUACUUCGAUUUCCUCAUGAAGGAUCACGGAAGGGACGCCGAUUACUUCAAUAGAACCAAGUGGCAAAAAGUCCCCGAGGCAGACAAAUUCAUGUUGCCGGAGAAAGGCAUGCAGCUGGCAAAAACUGGUGGCUUCGCUUAUCAUACUCACCCAGAUGUCGGAUAUCCCUAUGUUAAUCGAUUGUACGAUAAUCGUCAGACUUGCGAGCUCACCGAAGUUCACCUUGGUAGGCUGACCUACAGGUCUAUAGCUGUCGCUUACAACAGCUCGUUUGCCGAGAUUGCAAGGGUGGGGUUCGCUUGGAUGUCUGAGGUCGGAAUUCGACAUCGUCAAUUGGUUAAAUGGACGUCCAGGAAACCACGUUGCCGGAGUGACAUUCUCAGCGCAGCUAGUAUAACAAUAUACGAGUUUGCCCCACAACUGAUAAUAUUAUCGUUUGGUUUGUGGCUUGCUAUGACAAUCUGCAUCGGUGAAAUUAUUGCGGAUAAAUAUAAUAUGCCCAGCUAGGUUGCUAGAACAAUCGAAUUCUCAAGAAUUUUCCAAUACCUCAUGCUGUGCAACAAAAUAUACGAUGAUCCAAA